AUGAGGCUGUUAUCAGUUGCCCGAGGGGUAUCCUAUUUAGUACAUUUUAAGGUACUACAGUUGCUAGUUGCUGUUAUAGUGGUAUUUAACAUAUACAUUGCAGCAACCAACGUGUUCGAUAAACAUAUCUCCAACCAUGCAAGCAAACAGUUGGCAGUCAAAUUAACCCAACUGGAUGUAUCAACUAUACUUACCACUGGUACUUUGAAUCUGAAUUUCAAGAACAACGAACAAUUUCAGGUCAAUAAUGGAUUUAAACUCCCGACGUUUAAAACUAUUCCAACACAUAAUAAACACAAACUGCCAAAUAAACCAAAAUAUCUAGUUCCCAAUGUACCAUACGAUGAACUAUCUUUUAAAGAUAAAAUACUAUUCAAAUUAAAUGAAGUGGACUUCAAUAAGGAUAAAGAUUGGUUGAAAAGCCAAGAAUUGACAAGUCAUAAAGUGGAGGUUCAUGUAAAUGAGUUUACUCAAGAAAUGUGGGAUAACAACCCCGGGUUAUUUUUUGAUCCAAGAUUUACAUUAUCUGUCUAUUUGGUCGAAAUUAAACGACAAAUGUGUGAAAAUGCAGCAACUCGAUCAAGUGAUGAAAUUGUGUUGCCGUUUUCAUGGACAGAUUGGGUUGAUUUGACUAUGUUAAACGACGAGCUAGUAAAACCCGAAAGGCAAAGAAUCUCGUGCGAAUAUUUGAAAGCCACUCACGAUUCAUCAUCCAAGUAUCCCUACUAUUGCAUCAACAAUGAAGAUAUUGAUGGCCAAGAACUAGAACUUAUGAAGUUACCUUCAACAAAUUAUGUUCCAGGUUAUGCAGUUAGAAAAUCACCAACUAAUAGAGCAACAAAUGUGGUCAGAAUGUUAGAAGGAAAAUCUCAUUUGUUAACCUACGCAGAUAUUCCUACCAAAUUAGUGUUUUUGAAUAAACAAGGUGGAAUAUAUGUAACUGAAGUUAGCACAAAACAGCGUAUUACUGAGAGUGGUCUUUUUGAUGGAUUUGUAAAGUCUCAUUAUGCUGAUUCAAGAAUCCCAGAAACCAUAAUUCUUGAUCCGAUCAAAGAAUUUGAGUCGCUAUUGAAACUAAAAGAACCACAAAAGUGGAAUGAAGUUUAUGAUUCACGGAACUUUUCAUACUCAAUUACAUUGACUGAUUACGAUAUACCAGAGAAGGACUUUAAUUACUCAGAAAGUGAGUUUUUAGAUGAUAUGACGAAAUUUGGAGAUCGCCUAGACUCUCUACACGAUUUAACGACAAAUGAACUAAGAUUUGACAAACAAGAAAUAGCGAAUUUGCGACUAAACCGAAAUGAGAUGAGGUAUUAUGAAAGUUUACAGUAUGCCUAUGCCCGUAAGAAUAUGCAAGAACCUGUCUAUUUUCGAAAUGCGCGGUUAAUUACUAAAAUAGAAGAGAACAAACAAGAUCUGGGUUGGAACUAUGACUGGAGAUUUUUUAAUGGAGCUCUUGAUUAUUUGCAAAAUGAUUGGACUGAAGAACAGUUGAUGAUAAGAAGACAAAUAAUUCUAGAACGACUUUUACGAAAUUGGACAAGGUUUGCUAUUGAAGGUAGAUUUAUAUCGUGGAUUUCACAGUCUCUGUUAUCAUCUUGGUAUUGGAAUGGUCAAUUAUCUUCCUUUUCACAGAAAAUUGAAAUUCAAAUGCCAAUCAAAGAGUUGUUGCGUCUAGCUUUAACUUAUAAUCAAACAAUGGUUGUUGAAGAUGUCACUGAAGGAUUUGGGAAAUAUUUUAUUGAUUGUUCAACAUUUGUGCAUUAUCGUGGAUCAGCAAAACUGGGGAAUCACAUUGAUGCCAAGUUUAUCGAUGUUGAUACGGGCUUGUCGGUCGAAAUUGGAGGUGUAGCUAUUUCACAUGAAACAGCACCCAAAAGAUAUACUAAUAUUGUAACCGAGGCUCAACAUAAUGGUCAACUUAGACAAGUUUACAACACACGUCGUCCUCGUUUUUACACUAGCGAUGAAAUAUCUCCGUUAAGAAAGUCCAUGUUUGCAGGAACGCCUGUUUAUGUGCCUAAUAAUAUCUCUGCAAUUUUGAAUCAGGAAUACCACAAAAAACUCAUUCCGUUCAAUGCAUAUGGUUAUUAUUUUGUUACACAACUUAAUCUAUGGAUACAUCACUCAAAAUUAAAGUUUUUGUUUGAAAAAUUCGAAAAUACUUCUUUGCUGUUAGAAAACGGUCAAACUGAUGCAACAGAACUUUGUGAAUUAGUAGCCACUAUUGACGAAGAGCAAAUAGUAGAGUUGUUGACGCGUCACGAUGAUAUUUUAUUGGAAUAUUAUUUGAGUAGCGAUCUUGGUGAUUUACACAAAAAGGAAUUGAUUUGUUUAUUUGAGGAUGUGAAUAAAAUCGACAAUGCCAGAAUAUGUGACAAAACGACCAAGAUUGGAGAAAGCAAACACAGAGUUGAACUAGCUAAUGAUCCUGAAUAUCGUGAACUUGUCACCAGUUUUACAUUUCAAAACUUCAAGCGGAUAUCUUUAUAUGAUUACGACCAGCUUGCAAGAUCCAAAGCUUCAUAA